GCCAUCUGCAAAGCAUUCAGAUUUCCAACUACAGAAAAAAAAUCCCUCGCUCAAGUACAAAACCUUAGUUCUUCAUGAUGAUGAACAAGCAUAUUGCCCUAGCUUUCUCAAUUGCAUCUCUUGUAAUUUUAUUUAUUAGGCUAGUGCAUGGUGCGAUGAUUACAUCAUGCAGCCAAACCCCAUACCCAGAAGUAUGCAAUCACUUCAUCAACAACUACAAUCUCCCAUCAACGUCCCUAGACGAAACAGGGCUCGAAUUUCAUGACUUAGUGCAUAAGGUGACAUUGAACCAAGCUAUUGAAGCCCAUCGGCUUAUCUCAGUCAUGGAUUUGAAUUCAUUCCUUAAGCCGGGGAGGUUGGCUUGGAAUGAUUGUCUGGAGCUCUACGAGGAUACGGUUUUCCAGCUUAACCGCUCCAUGAGCACCAACAAUCCAACCGAUGCAUUAACCUGGAUAAGUGCAUCACUCGCAAAUCACCACACAUGCAAAAAUGGUUUCGUCGAUCUCAACAUGUCUUCUAAUCUAGAAUCAUUUCCAAAUAUACUGCUAAGCAACUUCUCAAAACUUCUUAGCAAUACGCUCGCAGUACAGAAGGCCGCGGCUUUAUCAUCAACGAUGUUAAAUGGCAAAAAGAAUAUACUUGGUGGCCGACGCUUGCUUUCCGAUGGAUUAUUCCCAACAUGGGUUUCUGCUGCUGAAAGAAAGCUUCUCCAAUCAUCAGGGACUGCACCAAAAGCUGAUAUUGUGGUGGCCAAAGAUGGGUCUGGAGAUUACACCACCAUAUCCGAUGCCGUGGAUGCAUCCGCUAGUGGUUCGAGGAGAGUUAUCAUACACGUGAAAGCUGGAAUUUACAAAGAAAGUGUUGAGAUCAAGAACUCGAAUAUAAUGAUUAUUGGGGAUGGGAUUGGAGCCACGAUUGUUACCGGUAAUGGGAACGUUCAAGGUGGCACGACAACUUUUAGAUCAGCAACUUUUGCAAUUACCGGGGACCGCUUCAUCGCCCGAGACAUAACUUUUGAGAACACGGCAGGACCGCAAAACCACCAAGCCGUUGCACUCCGGUCAGGUGGGGACUUCUCUGUUUUCUACCGCUGCAGCUUCAAGGGCUACCAAGACACCUUGUACGUGUACUCGCAGCGCCAGUUCUACCGAGACUGCGACAUUUACGGCACCCAAGACUUCAUAUUUGGGGACGCCGUGGUUGUCAUCCAAAACUGCAACAUCUACGUGAGAAAACCCUUAAGCGGUCAAAAAAACACCAUCACUGCGCAAGCUAGAACCGACCCUAAUGAGAAUACCGGCAUCAUCAUCCAUAAUUCUCGUGUCACGGCUGCAGGAGAUUUGAGACCUGUACAAGACUCAGUUGAGACUUAUCUGGGGAGGCCAUGGAAAGAAUACUCCAGAACUGUAUUCAUGCAGAGUAAUUUAGACAGUUUGAUAAACCCUGCAGGUUGGCUUCCAUGGAGUGGAGACUUUGCUUUGAGUACUCUUUAUUAUGGUGAAUAUGAGAACACUGGGGGUGCUGCUGGCACAUCAGGGAGGGUCAAGUGGCCUGGAUAUCACGUUAUAACGAACCCGACAGAGGCUGCACGCUUUACCGUGGGCAACUUUUUGUCCGGAGAAUCAUGGAUUGCGGGGACUGGUGUCCCAUUUGAGGGUGGUCUUUGAUGUACAAGUUCGUGUAUAAAUAUCUAUAUAUUAUUUAUUUAUUUUCUAGAAAGAGAAAUAGUGCUUCCUCUACUAGUCUAUAACAGAUGGGGUAUCUUAUCUAACGGAGGUACUUAGCUAGCUAAGAGCUUUCGUUUUCUUGGAAACGAUAUUGGUGGGCCUCGUAAAUGUGUCUACUUUUCAUUCUGACCUGAAAAGUGGAGAAGUUGUCAUGUAGUUUAUGUUGGGUGCUACUUUAUGGGCACUGGUUCUAAGAUGCUAGCUUGGGUGGUCAAUUUGUACGUCAGGCCAAAUCGUUGGUCAUCAGUACAUACGUGUGAAACCAAGGAAAUUGUGUGUAAUAUAUUGUAUGGUUUGAAAAGCUUGCUAUAUAGAUUAUAUAUAA